AGGUUCCUGCAGUGCCCAGGCCUGCACGGAAGCGCCCAGCAGAGGAUACUCGCUUUUCCCCGCCCGGCCAGAGGGAUGAACAGAAAGAGCUCCCCCGGGGCAUUGUGUGUGAGCUGGGCCCAGAGAUAGCAGGCCCAGGGGGGUAGCUCCGCCGCGGGAAACAGGACACGCCUCAACCAGGGCAAAUUCCCGGCCUCUUCUGGCCACAAGCCAGCAGUCGCUGCUCGCCACCUCUCUUCUCUGCUGUCGCCGGACCGCCCCGCCGGGUCCCGAACUCGUCCGCGCCUUGGCUCGCGGCCCCCGGGCCCUGGGUGCUGGCGGCGCGGUUAGGACCGGACGGAUGUGGCGCAUGCGUGGUGGCGCCACCCGGCGCGGGAGCUGUGGCUGCGGGGACAUAGAUGGGCCAGGCCGCCCGGGCCGGGUUCCGCAGCGUGGCGGAGGCGACGGGAGUUGGCGAGGCCGUGCGGGUGGCGCCCGACAGCAGCUGGAGGAGCGUUUCGCGGACCUGGCAGCGAGCCACCUGGAGGCCAUCCGCGCGAGGGACGAGCGGGACCGGCAGAACGCGAGGCUGCGCGAGGAGAACGCCCGGCUGCGGCUCGAGAACCGGCGGCUGAAGCGCGAGAACCGCAGCCUCUUCCGUCAGGCUUUGCGGCUCCAGGGGGAGGGCGGCGACCGGAUGGCCGCAGAGGCGGCCCUGGGUCCCCCGGAGGCUGGCACGAACCGGAGGGAGAGAGGUAGUCGCCGUGAGGAAGAACCAGGCAGCCCCAGGGCCCUGAGGGCCCGGCUGGAGAAGCUGGAGGCCAUGUACCGCAGGGCCCUGCUGCAGCUGCACCUCGAACAGCAAGGGCCACGCCCGCGUGCGGACAAGGAGGAGCCGCCUGUGCAGGAGCCCGACUCUAGCCUCUGUUCCCGGGGCCCGGCGCCCCCAGGGCCCUGGCUGUAGCCUCGGGCCUCAGCCGGGAGAGGCGGGGCGUCCCUAGAGCCCCUCCUUCUGCGCUCGCUGCUUCCCCACCCUGCACUGCUGGACCACUGAGCUCAGUGCCUCCAGCCCACCACCUGACACUUCCGGUGGCGCCCUGCCUCUGCCCGCGGGGUCCUGCCAGUGUCUGGGCUCUGGAGCCCCCAUGUGUGUGGGCACCUGCUUCUUGGCCCUGCUGGUUCCACCGGAAGAGGCCCUGCAACAGAAGCGCGGGUUUUGAAACAGCAAGAACUGGUUCCUGGAAGUUCUUCCUAAUUCAUGAACCUUUCUAUGUGUAUUUUUUGUUUCUCAAUAAUAAUUCUUUGAGGGCUGAAUAAUGCAUCUUGAGUUGGUCGAAUUUGAUGUUCUUUCUUUAAUCCACUAAAGCCGCCAGUUAUUAUUUCUUGUGUGGCCAAUACUUUUGAGUGUGUGUUUUUAUAAAUAGGUAUUCAAUGGGUAUCCCACGAAGUAUUACCUUUUUAUAAAGAAGAAGAUGAUAUUUAUGACUUAGAAAUUCUUGUCUGCCCCUGACUUAGUCCGCAUACAUUUAAUAUAUACUGAUUUGUUUCACCCCAGAGAAUUUUUAAGUAUAUUCCUAUAGGUAAUCCUUUGAACUGGUAAAUAAAAGUAGUCCAUUAAAAAUAAUCUAAAAGCUUCCCAUGACUAUUAUUUGAAGUGUGUUAAAAUUUUAUAUGUGUCUUUAAGAGAUGUAUAGCUUCCCUAUUUUAAUAUCUAGAUUUGGUUAUCCUUUGUAAGGUUUUUUUUUGUUUGUUUGUUUGUUUUUUUACUUUAUGUAACUGAUCUUUUAAAAUAAUGUAAAGAUUAGUUCAUCUAAGCAUUUUUCAUUAUUGCAUUAAUAUUAGAGGUUGACCAAUGUGUAGCUAAUUUGUAUUAUUUUAACUGUUUAACAGCUUUUAAGAAAUUGUAAGUUACUUGUACAUCAAAAACACCCAAGUGGAAUCAUUUUGGUUUUCAUCAUGGUUUUUGUAGUGGCCAGGAAAAAGAGAUUAAUAACAAAACGUUCUAAGAUCACUUUUUUUUGCAUUUUGUUCAUGAAUAACACUUUGGCCUACUAAGUAGUGAAGAGGAUAACUUUGUACCUGAUAAAAACUAUAGAGGCAAAAAGUGUGACCUCUUUUUUCACCCAUCGUAAAGGUCAUGGUCAAUACUUCUAUAAUUAAAUACAGGCUAACAAGAAAAAAAACAUGGCAAAUUUAUCCAAUCUAAAUUUUAGGUAACACAAGAGCCUUUGGAAAUUAAAAUUAAAAACUCAGUGAAACCUGUGUUUAUGACUAGAUGGGAGGAAUGGACAUCCCUGUAGAAUUAUGAUUUCAUGAAAAGUGUAUGACCUAUUGGUUAUAGCCUGGAAAGACCUGUAUGGUAUCUUGGCUUCUCUAUAUGGCAUUCUUUCCUUGGGCUUAAGGACAAGACCCCUUCUAGAGUUAAGAGUCUCUUGACCUACUAUCAGACAAAACAGAUCAGAGAAUUUCUUUAUGGCCUGCUCCUGAGCAGAAAAGGAUGAGAAAGUUUGAAAAUAUAUCUACAUUUUGUAAUUGAGGUAAAGCUGUUCUAGUUUCUAUGAGCUGCCUUGGGAAAAGCAAGUUCUACUUUGAAUAACCUGCCAGGAAGAGAGCAGCAAACAGGGAAAGAAACAUAGGAAAAAAUUCAGAGACCACUUCUUCCAGGGCCCUCUAGUUCACAAAUUACUAAGCAUGAUAAAGCAUCAUACUUUGGAGUAUUGUUUUCUGAGCCUCAUGGAUUUAAGAGUAUUUAAGUAAUGAAAAGCAUCAGGGAAAAUCAAAUGAUGAGUAGAGCUGGUUACUACAUAUGGCAUAGAGUAUGUGCUACACAUGGCAUAGCCCAAAAGUUCAGAGUAUUUAUUGCAAUGCAAAUAAUUAUUACAAACCAACGUGCAAUGGAAACUCAUUUUUGUUAUUCUUCUACUUUGAAGUAUUGAAAACACUUUCCAUUUUGCUUAUAGAUGAUUGAUACUCAGUUUUGAAUAUUUAAAUUGUCCCUAUGGCCAAAAUAUAGAAGCAACUUGGCAAGAAAAGGUAAGUAUAUGAAAAUUAAUCCUAUGCCCCUUUACUUCAUUUUCUAACUGGGAAACAAAGUAAAAUAUUUUUAGAAGACAGUUUAUUUACCCUACUGCUAUUUAAUUGUAAAUUAGGGUUAAAUUUGUUAAUUUCUUUAAGCUUUAGUUUUCUCAUUAGUAAAAGGACUAUAGCAUCUACCUCAAAAUGUAAAAAUUUUAUUGAGAUAAGCAAAAUGCCUGCUUCAAUUUAAGUGCUCAAUUGGUGAGACUUGCAGUUUAAAGCACGAAAAUUGAAAAUGCAUAUUUUGCUUAACAUUUUGUAUUGCAUUCUCGAUUUUGCUUGUAUAUGACUUUAUGAGUAUUAUCAGACAUGUAAAUUUUGACUAUGUUGACAUUUUUCCUUCCUCAUAAGCAAACAGGAGAGAUAAAACCUUAUAAAAUAAGGGGUAAUUUAAUAUAAUGUUCAAAAAUAUUUGCCACUUGUUACAAAAUUGUGAAUAUUCAACAACUAAACAAAGUAGUUGGUUGUAUAGUCUUAAAUACUUUGUCUAAAAAUUGUUUACAACGUAAGUCUGAUUGAAUAUUAAAUUUGUUAAAUUUACUGGUGAAAAAAAUUUUGUAAAGCAUUGAAGUGCACCCUCACAGAGAUUACUUUUGAGCUUAAUUCCGUAACGGCAUUAAAAAUUCUGAGGGGAAUUGCCAUAGAAGGUGCAUCAAGGCUAAUAUAUAUUUCAAAUUUGAUGAUGUUUUCCAGGGUAACCAAUAAAGUCAUAUGAAAAAUGUUUUGUUAUAUUAAAGUAUGUUAUUAGAAAGUUUAGUCUAGGAUCAGUUUGAUCUAAAACUAAAACUGUAGUUUGCCAUUUUCAUAAUUUCAGAUCAGUUUUUCAAUAAGACAGUUUACAAUUUUUAUAAAUAAAAUCCAAAAAUAUGUGUCUUAGCAAACAAAUUCAAUGAGAAGAAUUGGCAUUUUACAUAGCAUUUUUAUAGCUGCUACUCACAAAAAGUAUUUAUCUUUUCCUUUAUAAAAGUUAGGAUAUGAAUCAAAGGAAUAAAAAUAAGUACUUAUAUAGCUCAUAGAAGAAAUGGCCCUUGCUAAACUUCUUAAGUAUUAUAAAUAUUUGAAAAAUAUUUGAAAACAUUUGGUCUUCUUUAAAUACUCUCACAUAAUAUUGCCAAUUCAUAAAUAUUCCAGAAUGAAACUAACACCCAAUUAUUUAAUAAAUUGAAUUAAUAAUAUAUACUAACAAAUGUUAGCAGCAUGAUCUUGAUUCCAGUGUCAAAGACUAUUUUCUGUUUUGCUAAAGGGAAUAAAUUUUACUGAGAAUUUGUUACAAAAUCUUCAGAAAACCUUCAUGAAUGACAUAAUUUAUUUAUACUUCUAUUUAGUGAUAAAUUAACUACAAAUUCUGUUUUUCCUACUAUAAUUUUAUUUUCAUCUACCUGUCUUGUCUGCUAUAGAUAGUAUACACAUCUAUUUAUACAACAAAAAUGUUUAAUAUCAAGGAAAACAUUUUAAUUAUAUGUAUAACUGACUAUUAGAAUUAACCAUUGCUAAAAUUUCAAAUUUUAAGGCCUAAGUUACGUUUAUUCUAUCUCAAUGAUCAGAAUUAAACUAUAUCUUGAGAUAUUUAAUUCUUGAUCAGAAUUAAAUUAUAUGUGUUUAAUCCAUUACAGAUAUUAUGUAUUAUGAAAUUCAUAUUCAGAAUCUAUUUAUUUCCCAGUAUAUAGUUUGUAUAGUUUGGAUACCAAGGUUUAGACUCUGGAAGUUGGUCUCCACUAUGGUGGCAUUAAUAGGUGGUAGAACCUUUAAGAAGUGGAGCAUAAUAGAAGGUGAUUGGGUCAUCAGAGUCAUAUCCUCCAAAGGGCAUAUAUUAACUAGUGACUUUAUAAUUGUUCCUAAUUUUUUUAUUUGCACUAAGUUCCUGGAAUAUCAAAUAGAAAGAUACUGAAAUUCAAAAAUUAAAGAUGCGCACAUGCCCGUGCAUGCACAUAAAUGUAUAUACACAUAGAUAGGUGAAUUUUCAAUGUAGUAUCCAUUUCCUUUGAUGUAAGUGACAUUGUAUAUUUUAAAAACUUUUAAAAAGUCAUUUAUGUAUAUGAACAGGUAUUUUUGUUUGAAUAUGUAUAACUUUUAAAAUAGAAAUAUAAUGUGUUUGCUUUAUAGAUUGAAAAAAAUUGGCAUUUUCAUUCCCAUAUGUACUACCCAUAUGGGUAUAAACUCUAAGACAUUGCUUAAAAUAAAUAAGGAAAUAUAUCUACUAAAUUUUGUAGAGGGCAUUCCUAUAAUUAUAAACCAUCUCUGAAAAUUGUAUGUCAUUAAAAUAUGGUUUUAAUAGCCUCUACUUAGUAAACAUUAUUCUAUUUCAUAUGUAAAUCUAAAUGUAUAACUUGAGGGGGAAAUGAUUUCUGUUCAUCUUAUUUUUAAUGGACUAAAAUUCUGUAAUUUUAGAGCUGAAAGAGUUCUUAGAGGGUUUUACCUGUGUCCUUCAGAAAUUUUUGUUAACAAGUUAACUUUCAAGGGAUCUACAUUUUACAUGGUACUCUACUAAUGGUCAGAUUUCAUCUUAUCCAAAUUUAGCAUGCAGUUUUCUUUAUUCAAGCUUUCUCUAGAAUACAGUGCUGCUGGGAAGUGUGCUGUGACAGUUUUCAAGAAUUUUUAAUGAGAGUUAAUUUGAAUGCUCAAGUUCUAAAAUAUUAAUGAUGUUCAAGAGAACUCUUUAGCUCUAAAAUUUAGACUUUUGUCUUCUGAAUUGAAGAAUUAAUUAAUGUUCUACCUUAAAUAUAAUUCAAAUUUUAAUAAAUAUAAUGAUAUAAAGAAGACUUUGAUGUAUACAUUUGCUCUUUUACAUAUGUAAAUGCCUAUUGAGGCUUGAAUUUCUCAGUGUGACUAAAAGUCUUAAUAUGCUGAAUAAUUAAAUAGUAUAGCUUAUAUUUAUUUCUCAUAUUUUUCUCAGUAUCAUUUUGUUAAACAUAAUUUCUCUAAUCAUAACUGAUUUCUCGUGUUCAUUUUCAUUGUGUUCCCAGAUUAAAUGUGUGUUUCAAAAGUUUCAAGAGCAUUAUUGGAUGAUGGAAGAAUACUAUUAUAAUCUUAUUAUAGUUAUAAUUAAAAAUAUUAGUUUAAAUAAACUGUAAUUAUCUUGUUAAUAUUGAUAA